GAGGGAGAAACGAAACUCUCCUGGGGACACAGGUCAACAUGGAUCUGUACCACACGCCAGCUGGAGCUCUGGACAAGCUGGUGGCCCACAGCCUGCAUCCAUCCUCUGAGUUCAUAGUCGCCGUGCGGGGUGCUCUGGGGUCCCUGGACUCCGCCCUACGGCUGCGGGGAGCCCUGGGGCCACAGAAACCAAGCGUGAUAAGGAUCAGCAAGGGAGGAGCCUAUGCCCGGGGCACAGCUCUCAGAGGUGGCUGUGACGCCGAACUCGUCAUCUUCCUCAGCUGCUUCAGGAGCUAUGAGGACCAGAACACCAGAUGCCCCGAGACCUUAAGUGCCAUGCGGGUGUUGCUGGAGUCCUGGGGAUGCCACCCUGGGCCUGGCCUGACCUUUCAGUUUUCUGAGCCAAAGGUGCCCGGUGUCUUGCAUUUCCGGCUGAUGUCAGCAGACAAGGAAAACUGGAUGGAUGUUAGCCUGGUGCCUGCCUUCGAUGUCCUGGGACAGCCCUGCUCUGGAGUCAAGCCCAAACCUGAGGUGUACUCCUCCCUCCUCAGCAGUGGCUGCCGGCCCGGGGAGCAUGCGGUCUGCUUCACAGAGCUCCGAAAGGACUUUGUGAACAGUCGCCCAGUCAAGCUUAAGAACUUAAUCCUGCUGGUGAAACACUGGUACCGCCAGGUGCAGGCACAGGAGACCAUGAGGACCACGCUGCCCUCUAGUUAUGCCCUGGAGCUGCUCACCAUCUUUGCCUGGGAGCAAGGCUGCAGGAAGGACAAGUUCAGACUGGCCCAAGGGCUCCGAACGGUCCUGGCCUUGAUCCAACAGAACAAGGACCUGUGCAUCUUCUGGACGGAAAACUAUGGCUUCGGGGACCCUGUGGUUGGGGAGUUCUUACGAAGGCAGCUUGAGAGGCCCAGGCCCGUGAUCCUGGAUCCAGCUGACCCCACUUGGGAUGUGGGCAACGGGACAGCCUGGCGCUGGGAUGUACUGGCCAAGGAGGCGGGGUCCUGCUUCAAUCAGCGGUGCUUCCUGCAGGAGUCUGGAGUCCCUGAGCAGCCUUGGGAGGGGCCGGGCCUUCCACGUGCUGGCAUCUUGGGUUUGGGCCACCCCAUCCAACAAGGGCCUAACCAGGCCCUUGAAGACAACACAGGCCACAAUGCUGUUCAGCUAAGGAGGAGCCCACAAACUUUGCAUCAAGCUGCAGGACUCCCACAGGCAGCCACCAAGGUCCCUGCAACAGUCAGUAAAGCCAGUAAGGACCUCAGAGAAGCAGUUCCCCCAAGGACUGCCCGUGAGGCAGUGCCGAAUGUCUCAAGUCACGCUCUGGCCACCCCAAACACACCUCCAGGUCACUCAGGGGCACCCAGCAUCUCCACCGCUGGGUCAAUGAUGGGUCCAGAUCUGUCGAAGAUCCCCAGCAAGGAGCUGGACUCCUUCAUCCAGGAUCACCUGAGGCCGAGUCCCCAGUUCCAGCAGCAGGUCAGGAAAGCCAUUGACGCCAUCCUGCGCUGUCUCCGGGAGAAGUGUGUGUACAAAGCCUCCAGGGUCAGCAAGGGCGGCUCUUUCGGCCAUGGCACAGACAUCAGGGGCGACUGCGAUGUGGAACUUGUCGUCUUUUAUAAAGUCCUCAGAGAUUUCAAGGGCCAAAGAUGCCAACAAGCAGAGAUCCUGAGUGACAUCCGGACCCAGCUGCAGUCCUGGUGGCAGGAAACGGUGUCUGGACUGAGCCUCCAGUUCGCUGAACAGAACAGGCCCAACGCUCUGCAACUCCGGCUGGUGUCCACAGACCUCAACAGCUGGGUGGACAUCAGUGUGCUGCCCACUUUCGAUGCUGUGGGGCAGCUGAAUUCCAGCGACAAACCUCAGCCCCAGGUGUACUCCUCCCUCCUCAGCAGCGGCUGCCAGGCCGGGGAGCACGCAGCCUGCUUCGCAGAGCUCCGAAGGAACUUCGUGAACAGUCGCCCGGUCAAGCUUAAGAACUUAAUCCUGCUGGUCAAACACUGGUACCGCCAGGUUGCCGCUCAAGAUAAAGGAGGAGAGGCAGCGGGCACCACUCUGCCCCCAGCCUAUGCCCUGGAGCUCCUGACAAUCUUUGCUUGGGAUCAAGGCUGUGGGAAAGAGGGGUUCAGCAUGGCUGAAGGCCUUCGGACCAUCCUGAGGCUGGUCCAGAAGCACCAGUCACUCCGUGUCUACUGGACAGUCAACUACAGCGUGCAGGAUCCAGCCCUCAGAGCACACCUUCUCAGCCAGCUUCAGAGAGCCAGGCCUCUAGUCCUGGACCCUGCAGACCCCACCUGGAACGUGGGCCAGGGCAGCUGGGAACUGUUAGCUCAGGAAGCAGAGGCCCUGGAGUCACAAGUCUGCCUUCAGAGUGGAGAUGGGACUCCUGUGCCACCCUGGGAUGUGAUGCCAGCCCUUCUUCACCAGACCCCAGCUGCGGACCUGGACAAGUUCAUCAGUGAAUUCCUCCAGCCCGACCGCCAUUUCCUGACUCAAGUGAAGAAAGCGGUAGACACCAUAUGUUCCUUCCUGAAGGAAAACUGCUUCCGGAAUUCUCCCAUCAAGGUGCUUAAGGUGGUUAAGGGUGGUUCUUCUGCCAAAGGCACAGCUCUACAAGGGCGCUCGGAUGCUGACCUAGUGGUAUUCCUCAGCUGCUUCCAGCACUUCUCUGAGCAAGGCAGCCGCCGGGCAGAGAUCAUCUCGGAGAUCAGGGCUCAGCUGGAGGCGUGCCAGCGGAAGCAGAAGUUUGAUGUCAAGUUUGAGAUCUCCAGCAGGAAGAAUCCCCGGGUACUCAGCUUCUCCCUGACAUCCCAGACACUGCUGGACCAGAGUGUGGACUUUGAUGUGCUGCCAGCCUUCGAUGCCCUUGGCCAGCUGAGGUCUGGCUGUAAGCCUGAUGCUCGAAUCUACGAGGACCUCAUCCUCAGCUACAGCAACGCAGGCGAGUUCUCUACCUGCUUCACGGAACUGCAGCGGGACUUCAUUAGCAGCCGUCCCACCAAACUCAAGAGCCUGAUCCGGCUGGUGAAGCACUGGUACCAACAGUGCAACAAGACGGUCACGGGGAAGGGCUCCUUGCCCCGGCAGCAUGGGCUGGAGCUCCUGACUGUGUACGCCUGGGAGCAGGGCAGCCGGAACCCCCAGUUCAACAUGGCGGAGGGUUUCCGCACGGUGCUGGAGCUGGUUGGCCAGUACCGUCAGCUGUGUAUCUAUUGGACCAUCAACUACAGUGCAGAGGACAAGACCAUCGGUGACUUCCUGAAGAUGCAACUUCAGAAGCCCAGACCCAUCAUCCUGGACCCAGCUGACCCAACAGGAAACCUGGGUCACAACGCCCGCUGGGACCUGCUUGCCAAGAAAGCUACAGACUGCACAUCUGCCCUGUGCUGUAUGGACAAGAACGGCAGCCCCAUCAAACCGUGGCUGGUGAAGGCGUCUGUGUGAAGUCCAGAAAGAUCAGUGGUCACACCAGCUGAGAGAAAGUGACGCCCACCCUCAGCAUGGGGGACCCAGAGUAUCGGGCCAGAUGUGUGUGUGUGUGUGUGUGCAUGUGCAUAUGUCUGCAUACGUAUACGUCUGUCUGUGUGUGUACAUGUGUAUAUGUCUGUGUGUGCCUCUGUGUCUGUGUGUGUCUUCAUGUAUAUGUAUGUAUGUAUGUGUGUAUGCAUGUAUGUAUGUGUGUAUGCAUGUAUGUAUGUGUGUAUGUAUGUAUAUAUAUGCGUAUAUCUGUGUGUGGCAUGUGUGAAAUGUAUGUGUGUGCCCCACUGUCUCCCAUUUGAUGGCCUGCUCACCCACCACCCCCUCAGUCUUCCCCCAUUUACCCACAGUGGGGCUCAUCGGCCUCUACUUUGAUCAUCCCAGUGCCCCAAACUCCCAUGCUGGGCACCCCAGAAUCCAGACAUCUCAGGCUCUGCCGGUCUGCUGUUCAGCUACCCCUGGGCCCUGCCCCCACCCCUGCAGCGUCCCAGCGCUGCCAAGAAGCCACCUCCUCUCUCCACCUGCAGAGACCCAUCAUCUGUGGUCCAGCUAUGUCCCCACGUAAUAUGACCGUGACCAUCAUGGGGCAGAGGAUGUGAUGGUGACUACAGAAUAUCCAGACCCACAGCUGCGGCAAGGGAAUAAGCAAAACAAGUCAUGACUGGGCCUUAGGGAUGUAGAAGGAGCAGGAAGGGUCCCAAGCCUCACCUGUGGCCCCGCCCACUCCCUCAGGAGGUAGUGUCUAGGGAGGGGAGGGGUCGUGAGACGUGCAGGAGUACAAUUAUCACCCGUGGGAAUUGAAGUUUUCCGAUAAUACGAUACUUAGGGGUCAUCCCUGUGACCCCAGUAAAUUCAUUGGCUCACCCCCUUAGACUCAGGGGAGUCUUUUCCUUGUUCAGUCAUUGUGCCCGGUCUGGGAUGAACAGACAUAUGCUUGCAUCUCCCCAGGAAAGGUCGUGCCACACCA